GUUCAUGAUUAAGAUUUUAGUUAGCUCUUGCGACCAUAUAUCUUUGAUUGCACUGAUUUCUGGGCAUGCAUAACUUGAAGACUUGAAUCUUUCUGUAUAUGUUUUAUCUUGAGCUCUAAUUGUCUCUGCACAAGUUAGUUUUAAGGUUAGCUGGUUACUGCUUUGGUCAUUAGGAUUAAUAAUAUAGCUAUUUAGUUCAAACCCCAAAUCCCUUGCUUGCGUUUAAAAGAACUCCAUGUUGGUAGAAUUUAAAAAGGGAGUGGUUAAAAUUCUUAUUUGAGUUGGACGAGCAUGAUUUACCUUCUAGAUUGCUUAUCUUUUUUAGCAAAAAGUGAUGGAUAAAAUGUGACUAUUAUGCUUGAACAUUUUAUGACAGUUUCAAGGCUUCCAAGUGUCAAAAAGUUUGCAAGAUAGUUUACUGUCUGUGGCAUGCUCAUGAAUGACAAUCAAAAUGUGACUAUGUACCUGAGUAAGCAGGUCUUGCAGUGUGUUGUUUAGAUUAACCUCCACAUCACGGAUAAUUAUGCAUGAAGAUGCAUCUAUUUGAUCAGUUCUUAAAUAUGUAAAAAUUAUUUAUUAGUAUACUAUUGCACUCUGUUAUAUGUUGUCUUGUGCGAGUGUGCAAUGUUCCUGUGAAUCUUAUCCUAUUUUUUGAACUAUUACUACUUACGAAUCUGUCGUGUUAUUGUGUUCACAAAUAAAAUUAUGAAUGCAGUUCUUGUUGUACACUUCAAAGUUCAUUCAUAUUUCUAUAUUGUGUUUUGUAGGUAACUUUCGAAAAUGACAAACAAAAGAAUACGAAAGCUAAUCCAAAAUAGACAAAGACGAUCUCGGAGAGAAGAAUCAAGUAACAGAGGAGUUGAUGAUGAAAAUGAAUCACAAUACACAACAUCCCAUUCACCAUUGAAGAUACAAAAUGAGGAGGUUAAUGAGCAAGUUGAAAAUGAGGUCAUAUUUUCAUCCCAAAGUCAGCCAAGAAAACGUGGCAAGACUAUCAUGAGAGAUAUUCAUGCAUUACAUCUCGAUCAUGUGCUCAUAGUGGAAUUCAAUGAAAAGGGACAACCUUACGGUGAUCUACAACUGACGUUUGCAAAUUUUAUUGGAACUAUUACACGGAAUGGACUUCUGUUGCCCCUGCACUUUUUAGAUUGGAGAAAAAUACUGACAAAUCAAUUGAAUUAUGCAUGGAAACUUGUUAUCGCACGUUUCUAUAUCCCCACGCACCAUAGAAGAGUUAUAAUGCAAAUGAUGGCGGCCACAUGGAGACGGUGGAGGACUGAAAUGAAAACUACAUCUUAUGAUUCAAAUACUCCACUAGAAGAGCUUGUUGCAAUACAACCCAUUCCUCAUGGAUUGCCACCUCAAACUUGGGAAGUUUUAUGUAACUAUUGGAAGUCUAUUGAGAUAUAACUAGUAUGAAUUAUUUUUGACAUAUGUUUAUAAAUGUUAUAAUUUCAUUCUAAAUUUUUGUGCCAGAAAACUUCAAAAAUCAAUAGAGAAAAUGCAAACAAAA